CGUAUCACGUUGCGGAUCGACUGGUAACGGGUGACCGCGUGGAAUGAGGGUAAAACAUAGGAGAAUGGUCACGAGAAUUUUGCUAGCAGUGCUUCGUCAAGUGUAAAUAUAACAUUGGAGCAAUGUAUGUUUGGAUGGAUCAUAAAACAUGAGAAAGCGUUAUGUCGGCAGAUUAUGAAAGGAUGGCCGAUUCCGUACACAGUUGUACUAAUUUUCCUUGGCUUGGUCUUUGGUAUCUUUUCCGCGAGCUUUGAAGAUGUUCAAGUGUACACGACCAUGGCGAGUCAAAAUCCACAUCUUAUUCUCACGACUUUCCUUCCAGUGUUGUUGUUUGAAUCAGCCUUCGCUAUGGAUGUUCAUACCUUCUAUAAGAUGUUUUGGCAGAUUGUGUAUCUUGCCGUUGUUUGUAUGGCUAUAGCUUCAGCUCUUGCUGGUGUUAUGGCAAAACUUGUUUUCACAUAUGAUUGGAGUUGGUUUGUGGCUCUCAUGUUUGGAUCGAUCAUCAGCGCUACAGAUCCUGUCGCUGUUGUUGCAUUACUCAACGAACUUGGUGCUUCGAAGCAACUUUCAACGAUCAUUGAAGGAGAAUCCUUAUUAAAUGAUGGCAUGGCAAUUGUGCUUUAUAAGAUAUUCUACAACUUAUCUUUCUCGUCCAUGACAGCGACUGAGAUUGGUCUGUACUUUCCCCGUGUGGCUCUUGGCGGAUUCUUUUUUGGUCUUGUCAUUGGCAAGAUUGUUGUGUUUUGGUUACAACGUGUAUUUAAUGACGCCAUGGUUGAGAUUACAAUAACUCUUGCAUCAACAUACCUGACGUAUUACAUCGGGGAAGAAGUGCUUGGUGUAUCUGGAGUGCUGGCAGUUGUAAUGCUGGGCAUUGAAAUCAACUCCCAGAAAACAAGUAUCAGCCCUGAAGUGGAAGUUUUCCUUCACAAGUUUUGGGAAAUGCUGGCAUACCUAGCCAACACUUUGAUUUUUAUAAUGGUCGGUGUUGUUAUCACUGAGAAAGCUUUGAGUGAAAUCGAUCUGAGAGAUGGCUUUCUUAUCAUCGUUGAUUACCUUGGCAUCUGUGUGAUAAGAGCAACAGUCUUGAUGAUGGCCGGACCAGUUUUAGCUCGUAUUGGGUAUGGAUUGACCUGGCAAAAUGCUGUUAUUUUAUGUUGGGGAGGAUUACGCGGUGCAGUUGGCUUAGCUUUGGCCUUGCAAGUCGCCCUGGAUUACAACACAGUUGGUAGUAAGGUUCUGAUUCACACCGCUGGUAUUGUGAUUUUCACGCUAUUCCUAAACGCGACGACCAUCAAGAGACUACUUGAGAUCCUUGGUAUGAGUGAGAUAUCCGACUCUAAGAAGAUAGCAAUGGCGAACGCCGUUAAACGUUUGCAAGACACGACCACAAGAACUUUCAAAAUGCUCAGAACUGAUCGCUUCCUGGCUGAUGCUCACUGGUCGUUAGCUGAGAAUGUUUGUCAAAUACACAAUCCUUAUAUAGCGGAUGAAGACGUUCACGAGAUCGUUGAAGGCGAACAACAGUUGGUCGUAAUACGUCACAGCACAUGCCCAUCAUGCUCUUCGAAUGUUCCAAAUCAACCCUCGCCCAAAGAGUUUGCUGAAAUGACGGAGGAGGGACGACUGCGCAUGAUUAAAGCUCAGAAGGUCAGUUAUUGGAAACAAUUUGAGCAUGGCAUGCUGUCUCGUGACGCUGUUCAAGCUCUCAUGGCAACCGCUGACACGGCUAUGGAUACACAAGACAGAUGUAUUGAACUGAAUGACUUAAACGUUCACUGGGAAGUCCCGCCUUUCUUACAAAAAAUGAAAGAUAAAAUUGAGAGCUUGAAGAAGAUUGAUCCAGCUGAAAACAUUCCACCGCCGGACUCUCCGAUACGUCGUCGUCUAUAUUAUAUUGCUACAAACUUCUGGUUCGAUACGACCGUCAAUGUUCUCAUCAUCAUAAACAUGAUUCCUAUAGCGUUGGAACUGAGUGUUGAUGAAGACGUGUCUUAUUACAUUGUCUUGCGAGUUCUCAACUAUAUAUUUUGUACUAUCUACGUCUCUGAAGCGGUUAUCAAGUGUGUGGCUUUUGGUCGACGUUACUUCACUGAUUAUUGGAAUUUAUUGGAUUUCCUUAUUGUCAUAUUCUCCCUCGUUGACAUAGUCAUUGAUAUGGCUACGAAUGGCGCUACGGGAAGCUUUUCACCAGCAAUUCUCAGAGUCGCAAGAGUCUUUAGAAUCCUCAGAAUGGGACGUCUGCUGAGGUUACUUAAGACCAUGAUGCCGAAGAUUAUCAGCAUGAUAAACGACAUCAUCCAUCGGCAGUUAAGUUUUGGUUACGACGUUGGCAAAGGAUUUAUCGUUGGAGAAGAAGAAGUGUCAAAGAAUAUCCAUCAAAUGGUCGCUGAUAAAAGAGUUGCACGUGACUUGAAAGCAAGAUCGGAGAAGAGUCGGCUUGACGUCGUCAAAAGCCUGGGUCUUCUGCAAAGAGAAUAUCCCGGUAUUGCAAUCUCAGUGAAGACUCGUCAGUCAAUUCGUUCCGUGUUAAACACAGCCAUGGAAACCGUUCAUAAUCUUCGUGGAGGGGGUCUACUGGAUGAGACUGAGGCUAAGAAAUUAGAGAAGCUUGUGGAGGUGAAAAUGAAACGACAGCUUAGUGCGCCAUCUUAUAUUCCUCCUCCUUCGCCUGAGGUGCUGUUGCGAAGCACAGUCUGGUUGGAAGGAAUGGGCGAAGACGUCAUUGACUGUAUCACGAAUAUUGCAGAGGAAAAGGUGUUUGACAGCGGCGAAACUAUUGUACGUCAAGGCGACAAAACCGAUGGAAUGUACCUUAUUAUAUCUGGUCUGGUAAAGAUGAUCGGUGUUUCAGUCCCGCAUAAGGAUGCCGCCGACGAUACUAGAAUGUCUUUAGGAGAGAUGAACGUGCAGACAGACUACCUCUGCGCUGGAAAUAUUGUUGGAGAAAUGGGUUUAUUGACAGAGUCUGCUAGGAAUGCCUCUGUUAUUUGCGAGACUACUGUUCAGGUGUAUUUGCUUACUCUUGAAAAGAUGCAGAAAGCGCUCCAGCUGUACCCAGCGCUAACUGAGAGCAUUUGGCGCGUUUGUAGCAUUCGUAUCGCAGUUCCCCUGCUUAUGGCCCAUCCAACGUACAACGAAUGGAACAAGGAAAAGAUCAGAUUGUUCUGUGAAAAAUCAACUAUGGUCUCUCUACCCUGUGUUGGUCAGAGUCAGAGAACAUUUAUACCAUCCCCUGAUACUGUGGAGCUGGUUCUUAUUCAUGGAAAAGUCACGUGUAUUUCGAAUAGGGAAACAUAUGAAGGCCCUUGCAUCCUUCCCAAUGGUGAUGAGAGAUUACUAGUUCACCAGACCGACGGCACUCCGCCAAGGAUCUUGGAAAUUCAGGGGCAUGACUCAGAAUCAAACCCAGCGACUACUCGACUACAAAAUAUUAUCGAGGAGGAUUUUGCUGACAAUGGAAAAAAGACGACAAACAGUGUGGAGAAAUGUUCAGUCAGUGCAACUGAAGUGAAAUUCCGUGGGAGUACCCCUCCACCUGUCAGCCGUCCCUUGGAACCCCUUCCCAACCGGUACAAAGGAAUGCCUUUAUCUGUUUCCAUGGCACCAGAAAAUGAUUCUUCAGAACUCACAGACGUGUAUGAGAAGUAAAGGUUUGUGUAUGGCGCUCCUCACUUCUGGAUUAUUUCAUCAGUAAUUUCAUACUGUUACUAUAUGCAUAUAUAUUAUGUCAGGAAAUAUUUGGUAUUUUUUUAAGUGUUUUUGUACACACUUCGUGACAUUUCAAAUGACAUUUGC